AUGGCUCCUUCCCGAUCCAGAUCACAAUGGCGUCACCUCUUCACCCUGCCCAACCUCCUCGCCCUCGCCUUCGCCUGGCUACCACUUGCAGUCGCGGAGAAGACGGCGGCAGACUACUUCAUCUCAUCCUUACCGGGAGCACCCGAACCUCUCCUGAAACAAUACGCGGGACACAUUGAGAUCACGCCGGAACACCACGGCAACCUCUUCUUCUGGUUCUACAAGAACAGACACAUCGCCAAUCGCUCGCGCUUAGUCAUCUGGCUCAAUGGCGGGCCGGGGUGCAGUUCUUUGGACGGGGCAUUGAUGGAAAUUGGACCCUACCGAGUCAAGGAGGACGGGACAUUGACGUAUAAUGAAGGAAGUUGGGAUGAAUUCGCCAAUGUGUUGUUCGUGGAUAACCCCGUGGGUACCGGCUUUAGCUAUGUGGACGGGGACAGCUAUACGCAUGAAUUGACGGAGAUGUCGGCACAAUUCGUCGCUUUCUUGGAGAAGUGGUUUGUCGUGUUUCCUGAGUAUACGAUGGAUGAUAUCUACAUCGCAGGCGAAUCGUACGCCGGCCAACAUAUCCCCUACAUUGCCCGCGCCAUGCUCGACCGCAACGCCGCCAAUCCUUCCGCUCCAGCCUGGAACGUCUCCGGCUUACUCAUUGGCAAUGGAUGGAUUUCUGGCCCUGAUCAAUACCCUGCUUACCUCCAAUUCGGCUACGAAGCCGGCUUGAUCACGAGUGGAAGUGAUGAGGAACGACAAAUUCAAGACCAGCAGAAGAAAUGUUAUCAGGCUCUGGACAAGGGCGGGAAAGACCAUGUCGAUACUGGAUCUUGCGAGGGGAUUCUGCAGGAGAUUCUGAGGUUGACGGCUAAGAAUGGAGAUUGUAUCAACAUGUACGACACGCGCUUACACGACUCCUAUCCCUCAUGCGGAAUGUCCUGGCCUCCGGAUCUGAAACAAGUCACACCUUAUCUUCGACGGAGCGACGUCAUUAGCGCUCUGCACAUCAAUCCGGACAAGAAGACCGGCUGGCAGGAAUGUAAUGGGCAAGUCAGCUCGAACUUCAAAGCCUACAAUUCCCCGCCUGCUGUAACUCUCUUACCUGGCCUACUGGAACAACUGCCCAUCAUCCUCUUCUCCGGCGACAAGGACCUGAUAUGCAACCACAUUGGCACGGAAACCCUCAUCUCAAACCUCAUCUUCAAUAACGGCACAGGUAUGGAAACCUCCCCGGGCGUCUACGCCCCGCGUCGGGAUUGGUCUUUCGAAAACGAACCAGCCGGUAUCUACCAAUCCGCCCGUAACCUGACCUACAUCAAAUUCUACAACUCCUCCCAUAUGGUUCCCUUUGAUUUCCCCCGUCGAACGAGGGAUAUGUUGGAUCGAUUCAUGGGCGUCGAUAUCGCGUCCAUUGGUGGGCAGCCGGCGGAUUCUAGGAUCGAUGGGGAGAAGGCGCAUCCCGAGACGAGUGUGGGUGGGCAUCCGAAUAGUACCUCUGCGGAGGAGGCGGCGCAGGCGAAGGCGGAUAAGGCGGCUUAUAAGGCUUAUCAGCGGAGCUCGGAGGCGGCGCUCGCACUGCUCAUCAUCGUCCUCGUGGUCGUGGGGUUGUUUUGGUGGAGGGGCAGGAGAAGGCGGGCGGGGUAUAAGUCUUUGUUUGGUGGCGGCGGCAGUGAUCCGUAUGAUGGUAGGGGUGGUGGGGCCGGUAUGGCGAGUGGGUUGGGCUUGGAUGGGGAGAGGUUUCGGGAGAGGGAGGAUGUGGAGGCCGCGAGGGAGUAUGAUGAGAGUGAGCUGGAUGAUUUGGGGGCGAAGGGUAGAGGUGGUGGGAGGGGGGUGUUGGACGAGGAUGCAUUCGAUUUGGGCGAUGAUGAGAGUGGAGAUGAGGGAAGUGGGUAUGGGAAACUGAAUGGGAAUGGGCAUGCGCGGUAA